UCUAGAGGCUGGAGAUUCAAGAUCUGGGUGCCAUCAUUUUCUGGUUCUGUUGAUGACCCUCUUCCAGGUUACAUACAACUCACAUCUUGCAUCCUCAAGUGUUUUUCUUAUAAGGCUAAAAAUUCACAAAGCAUACCUCAAUGAAUCAGCAAGAUCUAGAUCUGGAUAGUACUACAGAUGUGGGAGAUGUUACAAAUACUGAAGAAGAACUUAUUAGAGAAUGUGAAGAAAUGUGGAAAGAUAUGGAAGAAUGUCAGAAUAAAUUAUCACUUAUUGGAACUGAAACACUCACCGAUUCAAAUGCUCAGCUAUCACUAUUAAUUAUGCAAGUAAAAUGUUUAACCGCUGAACUCAGUCAAUGGCAGAAAAAAACACCUGAAAAGACGGGGUUUCACCAUGUUACCCAGGCUGGUCUUGAACUUCUGGGCUCCAGGGAUCCUCCUGCCUUGGCCUCUCAAAGUGCCAGGAUUACAGUAAUUCCCUUGACUGAAGAUGUUCUCAUAACAUUAGGAAAAGAAGAGUUCCAAAAGCUGAGACAAGAUCUUGAAAUGGUACUGUCCACUAUGGAGUCAAAGAAUGAAAAGUUAAAGGAAGACUUAGAAAGGGAACAACAGUGGUUGGAUGAACAGCAACAGAUAAUGGAAUCUCUUAAUGUACUACACAGUGAAUUGAAAAAUAAGGUUGAAACAUUUUCUGAAUCAAGAAUCUUUAAUGAGCUGAAAACUAAAAUGCUUAAUGUAAAAGAAUAUAAGGAGAAACUCUUGAGUACCUUGGGCGAGUUUCUAGAAGACCGUUUUCCUCUGCCUGAUAGAAGUGUUAAAAAGAAAAAGAUGGAGUCUCCCUCUGUCGCCCAGGCUGGAAUGCAGUGGCAUGAUCUCGUCUCACUGCAACCUCCACCUCCCGGGUUCAAGCGAUUCUCCUGCCUCAGCCUCCUGAGUAGCUUGGGACUACAGAAAAACAUUCAAGAAUCAACUGUACACCUGAUAACACUGCAUGAAAUGUUAGAGGUCCUCUCUGCCUUGGGAGAGCCGACUCACAUGAUGGUGGAUUGUUCGUAUCUGUUUAAUCCUGGGAAAUAUAGUACCUUUAUAGUGGAGAAACCCAGCAGACACCACCUUAAUCACGUGGUCAAGGUUAAUAUCACAGGCUGGAGUGCAAUGGCACAAUCUUGGCUCACUGCAACCUCCACCUCCCAGUUUCAAGCGGUUCUCCCACCUGGGCCUCCCGAGUAUCUGGGAUUACAGGCAUGUGCCACCACGUCCGGCUAAUUUUGUAUUUUUAGUAGAGACGGGGUUUCACCAUGUUAGCCAGGCUGGUCCCGAACUCCUCACCUCAGGUAAUCUACCCCCGCUUGGUCUCCCCCAAAGUGCUGAGAUUACAGGCAUGAGCCACUGUGCCCGGCCAGGUUUUUAAAAAAAAUAUGUAAGACAAGAUUUCCCUUAUUUUUAGCUUAUAUUUGGGUCAAAGUGUUUUCUGGUUGUUCUUUGACUGUGGAACAUGAUAUUCAUACUUAGUAUAAUGAUUGCAAGCAAAGAGUUGUGUUUGCUUCAGGACAGUUGCAUAUUACAAAGAAGCCAAUGUUUUUUGCUUUUCUGUUAAAAAAAAAAAUGUUUAGCAGGCCAGGCGCGGUUGCUCACGCCAGUAAUCCCAGCACUUUGGGAGGCCAAGGUGGGCAGAUCACGAGGUCAGGAGUUCUAGACCAGUCUGACCAAUAUGGUGAAACCCCAUCUCUACUAAAACAUACAAAAAUUAGCCGGGUGUGGUGGCAUGUGCCUGUAGUCCCAGUACUCUGGAAGCUGAGGCAGAGAAUUGCUUGAACCCAGGAGGCAGAGGUUACAGUGAACCGAGAUCAAGCCUCUGCACUCCAGCCUGGGCGACAGAGUGAGACUCCGUCUCAAAAAAAAAAAGAGUUUAGCAAGUAGACAAAAAGUGUCUUAAAGAUAAUAGAAAGAGUUCUAAAUAUUUUUUAAAAUUUUAAAUGUGCCAAUUUAAAUUAUAAAUUUCUGUCUAUAGAAAAAGACGACAUCUUUAGACAGAGUUAGAAGGCAACCCAUAGAGUGGGAGAAAGUAUGGUAACUCUAUCCAACAAAGAAUUCACAUCUCAAAUACAUAAAGAGCUCUCCUAAAAUCAACAAUUAGAAGACAUUCAUCCUAAUUUAAAAUUAUAGGCCGGACGCAAUAGCUCACGCCUGUAGAACAGCACUCUGGGAGGCCGAGGCAGGCGGAUCACUUAAGGUCAGGAUUUCGAGACUAGCCUGGCCAACAUGGCAAAACCCUGUCUCUACUAAAAAUACAAAAAUUAACUGGGCAUGGUGGUAUGUGCCUGUAAUCCCAGCUACUCGGGAGGCUGAGGCAGAAUCACUUAAACCCAGGAGGCAGAUUUUGCAGUGAGCUGAGAUCGAGCCAUUGCAUCCAGCCUAGGAGACAGAGUGAGACUCCGUCUCAAAAAAAAAAAAAAAAAAAAAAAAAAAAAUUACAUUGGUGGGCAGGCACGGUGGCUCACACCUGUAAUCCCAGCACUUUGGGAGGCUGAGACAGAUGGAUCAAUUGAGGUCAGGAGUUUGAGACCAACCUGGCCAAUAUGGUGAAACCCUGUCUCUACUAAAAAUACAAAAAUUAGCCAGGCUUGGUGCCUGUAGUUCCAGCUACUCGGGAGGCUGAAUCAGGAGAACCUGGGAAGUGGAGGUUGCGGUGAGCCGAGCUUGCACCACUGCAUUCCAGCCUGGGUGACAGAGCAAGACUAUCUCAAAAAUAAAUAAAUAAAAUUUAAAAAUUUAUAUUGGUUAGAAGACUUAAGAACCCAGGCACAGUAGGUGAUGCCUGUAAUCCCAGUGAUGUGGGAGGAUUGUUAGAGCCCAAUGGUUUGAGGCUGCAGUGAUCCCACCACUGCACUCUAGCCUCUAGCCUGGGUGACAGAGUGAGACCCUAUUUCUUAAAAAAACAGACCAAACAACAACAACAAAAAAGCCUCUUCAUGUUAGAGAAUAAAUAUCUUGAAAAUGUUUUAACUAUCUCCAUAUUAGAGAAUAAAUUUCUUGAAAAUGUUUUAAAGGAAAGAGAGGACUUCUAGUUUCAGACUAAGAUGGAAUAGACACACUCCUCUCUAUUCCCCCUGUUAAUUGUAGCUUAAAACUUUGCACAUUAUGUGUAAUAUACAUGUUAGGAAAUAUCUGAAAAGUGGAGCGAAGGCAGCAGACUGCCUAGGGACUUUGGGACACAAAGAGGGACACAGCAGUUUUCUUUUUGCCUUAUAUGUACCAGACUGGAUGCUAGAGAAGCUCAUAACCUUGAAAACACCAAUGGAAGACAAAAGUCUCCCAAAACUUUGCUCUUUCAAAAGGAUGAGGAAAGAGGCAACACAGUAAGACAGAAAACUUUUCAACUAUAACCACCCUACUGCAGCUAAAUACCAUGGAAAAGAUACCACCCUACCACCACCGCUGUCCAAAAAGGCCAAAAGUGGUGGACCUCAGCUUCCACCCUUGUUGAGCUAUAACAUGGUGUCCUGCCCUUGGGGUGAUCAGAGAAGACUGAAUUGGGAGUCAGGACUUUCUUCCCUGCCAGCAGUAAGAAGGCCAUGUCAUGUGGGGGUUCUGAACUUACAUACCCACCCAGUAGUAAAGAGGCAACCCUGUUCAUUAGAGGAAGCCACGUCAGAACUUUCACCACCACCCGGAGGUAAGGAGGCCUCCUACUCUUGACUGUAGAAUCAGUAGAGGCCACCUGGCAAUCAGUAACAAGGUGCUCCUUCCUUUCCUAGCCAGACUGAUGUCAGUGGAGGCCUUUGAAGAGGCUGAAUUUCUACAGCUGCCCAGAUGUCACAAAGCACUUCUGUUUCCCUACCCCUGGGUGUCAAAAAGCCUGAGCAGAGAACGUGGACUUUCACCACUACCUGGUAGUAAUGAGACUGUGCCCCAUUUUCCCUCCACCAGAAUUAUGUCAAAGGUGGACUGCUAAAACAGAAGAUUUGAGUAAGAUCUAGAGUGUUAAUAAUAACCAAAAUGUCCAGAGUACAAUACAUGCCCGAAGAACUAGGAAAAUCUGAACUUUAAUGAAAAAAGACAACAUACAGCAACAUCAAGAUAAAACCAAGGGCCAGGAGCAGUGGCUCCUGCCUAUAAUCUCAGCAUCUUGGGAGGCUAAGGCAGGUGGAUCAUAUGAGGUCAGGAGUUCGAGACCAGCCUGGCUAACAUGGUGAAACCCCAUCUCUAUUAAAAAUACAAAAAUUAGCUGGGCGUGGUGGUGGGUGCCUGUAAUCCCAGCUACUAGGGAGGCAGAGGUAGGAGAGUUGCUGGAACACGGGAGCUGGAUGUGGCAGUGAGCGAGAUUGCAUCAUUGCAUUCCAGCUUGGAUGACAGAGCGAGACUCUGUCUCAAAAAAAAAAAAAACCAAGCUUAACUCAGCAAUUGCAAACAUGCCUGAAACAAAUGAAAAUAGAAAGUCUCAGCAAAGAAAUAGAAGAUAUAAAGAAGAAUCAUAUUGAAACGUUUAAAAUGAGAAGCACAAUAACCAGAUUCAAGAUUCAGUGAUGGGCUCAAUAGCAAAAUGAAGAGGACAGAGGAAAGAAUCAGCGAACUUGCAGACAGAACAAUAGAUACGGCCAGGCACCGUGGCUCACCCCUGUAAUCCCAGCACUUUGGGAGGCUGAGGUGGGCGGAUCAUGAGGUCAAGAGAUUGAGAACAUCCUGGCCAGCAUGGUGUAACCCCGUCUCUACUAAAAAUACAAAAAAUACAAAAAUUAGCUGGGCAUGGUGGUGUGUACCUGUAGUCCCAGCUACUCGGGAGGCUGAGGCAGGAGAAUUGCUUGAACCCAGGAGGCGGAGGUUGCAGUGAGCCAAGAUUGCGCCACUGCACUCUAGCCUGGAGACAGAGUGGGACUUGGUCUCAAACAAACAAACAAAAACAAAAAAAAACAAAUGAAAAAACAAAGAACAAUAGAUAUUCCCUAAUCUGAUUAACAGAGACAAAAUAUGAUGAAAUCAAAUGAACAGAGCCUCAAAGACCUGUGACACUAUAAUAAAAGAUCUAAUAUUUUUGUCAUCAAAGUCCCAGAAAGAGAGGUAAAAGAGGGUGGGUUUUAAAAUAGUGGCUGAACAUUUCCCAGAUUUGGUAAAAAGCAUAAACCUACAGAUUCGAGAAGCUGAGAGAACCCCAGCUCAGGAAAGGAUAAACCUAAAGAAAUCGACACCAAGACACAUUGUAAGUAAACUGAAAACAGAAGGCAAAGAAAAAGUCUUAAAAGCAUUGAGAGAGAAAGGAUACCUUACCUAUGGGGAAAAACAAUUGGGAGGACAGUAGAUUUUCAUCAAGUACCGAGGAGGUCAGAAGGAAGUGGCUCAAUGUUUUUCAAUUGCUCAACGAACUGUCAGCCCUGUCAGAUAUAUAUCUGGUAAUUAGGAAUGAGGGGGAAAUAAAUAUAUACUAGAUGAAGGAAAACUAAGAGAGUUUGUUGCUAGCAGACCUACCCUAAAAGAAGGCUAAAAAAAGUUCCUGGCUGGGUGCAGUGGCUCACGCCUGUAAUCCCAACACUUUGGGAGACUGAGGCCUGCCAAGCUGAGGCCAGGCGGACAGCUUGAAGCCUCGAUUUCAAGAUAAUCCUGGGCAAUAAAAUGAGGCUUUAUUCUCUAUUUAAAAAAAGAAAGUCCUGAAACAUAAAGGAAAUCAUAAAAGAAGGAAUCUUGGAGCAUUAGGAAAGAAGGACAACAGGAAAGAGCAAAAAUGUGACCAAAUACAAGACCGGGUAUGUUGACUCACACCUGUAAUCCCAACACUUAGGGAGGUUGAAGCCUAGAGUUUGAGACCAGUCUGGGCAACAUGGCGAGACCCUGUCUCUACAAAAAAUAAAUUAGCCAGGCGCGGUGUCGUGCACCUGUAGUCCUAGUUACUAAGGAGCCUAAGGCAGGAAGAUUGCUUGACCCAGAAAUUUGAGGUUGUGGUGAGCCAUGAUCAAUGCCACUGCACUCCACCCUGGGUGGAGUGAGAUGCUGUCUCAAAAAAGAGACAGAAUCAGACCCUGUUCCUAACAAAAAAAAAAAAAAGAAAACAAAGAAAGAAAAAAGAGAAGGAAGAUAUAUGACCAAAUACAAUAGUUUCCUUCUUGAAUUUUCUAAGUUAUGUGUCCAUGAUUGAAACAAAAUGUAUGAUUUGAUUCUCAGUGAUGUAGGGGAAAUAUUUAAGACGAUUAUAACUGGGGAAAGGUAAAGAGGUUUAAAGGAAGGUAGGGUUUUACUUCAUUCAAACUGAUAAAAUGUCAAUACCAGUAGACUAUGGUAAGUUGUGUAAGUGUUAUGUAAAUGUAAUAAAUAAAGCAAUCACAUACAAAAAACAUAUAUAAAGAGAUAUGCCCUCAAUCCCUAGAUGUAUUCCUUAAAGGUUGGGAAUAUAUCUAUAUGUGUAUAUUGAUAUAUAUUUACAUAACAUUAGAGAGAUAUAUAAUAUAUAAAAAUGUUUCAGAAAAUAUUAAAGAUAUUUUAAAAGUAAAUUAUUUCUAGGCUAGGGUAGCAAAUGAUAAUGUAAGGAAAUUGUAGCCUAGUCUUAUGAACAUAGAUGCAAAAUCCAACAGAAAAUACUAGAAAAACAAUUCAUACCACUUAUACAUAUAGUAUAAGAAAUUUAUAAUGCUGAAAUUCAAUUUCUUCCUUCUUGGCAUUUUUGUUAUUGUCAGGUCUUUUAUUUUGACAGAUGCUACA